GAAGGAGACAGUCAGUGGUCCUGCUUUGGUGAGCGCAUUUUGGAUGUCCUCCUCGAAAUGAACAGCAUGAAGGAGAAGGAAAAGCUAUACUGGGAACUCCAGCUGCUCAAUGCAGGACGUAUGGACACGCUGCAAGUAUGCAACAGUCCACCUGGCACUGUGCUCAAGUGUCCACACCAAACCACACAGAGGAAGACACAUGCAGAAGAAGACAUGAGAGGAGUGCGACGGCUCCAAAAGGCGGCAAGACAGAGCUGGGCCAAGUGAGAGGGUCAAAAUAUUGGGAAGAACUCACAGUAUGAUACUCUGCAAGUGAGUGUGUGUUUGUGAGAGUUCAGAUUGGUGACAGAAGGCGUCCAAAGCGUUCUGGCCUGUUCCUGGCCAGUUCAAAGGUCAGCGGUGAGAGAUGAAGCUUGGGGCGUGGCAUCCCGUUCAGACGUCCUCCUCUUGAACCAAGUCAAAUACGACGCGGUGACUCGUUUGCUUUAUGCUGAAAUGCUGCAGAAAUACCACAGCGUGCAUGAGUGGGAGGCUCUGACACCAUGGCGACGGCACCAUGAAGAGAUUUGGCUUGAGGAACUAGCAGAGGAAGCUUUAGCGUGCGACGACAUGAUCGCUUUGGCCGAGCUGCCGGGAGCGUUCACAAUAUACGAUAGUUCCAGAAAAGAGUGCUUCACUGCAGUUUCUCUCUUGUAUAAAUUAAACACGUGUCGUCGACAAGAGAAGGAAGAACUAACAGCCUUAGUGGACAGGCUGGACAAGGAAAGUCUGCGAUUGUUGUGUUUGUAUAUUCGAUCAGCAACACUGAGAGGUCAAAAAGAAAAAAGAGCCUACGAUGCAUAUUUGGCCGUCGGUCAAUCCUGGCACGCGUGGCCGCGUGUUGCCAGUCCACACAAAGAAGAGCAAGCUGCCACAUUACUACGCGCUGAUGACGACAUACAACAACACAGUGAUGAUCAAUUAUCUAAACAGUCAUUACUGGAGUUAUUGGUGCUGACUCAGCAGCAGGAAAGAAAGCAGCUGGUGCGUCUGUUACAAGGAAUCACCUUGGAGGACGUACAAAGAGCAGCUCCCACAGAUUCUCUGAAAACAAGUUGCAUAAAGAGGCUGCAACAAAUCUUCCCCAGCAGUGAGAAGCAACCCCAGUGGGACAUCAGCAGAGGUCCAAAAGUGUGGUCCCAGGACCAGCUGGAACGAGCCACUUUGGACCUCUUGGUCGAGCUUCUGGAGAUCCAGGAGAGGCAAACGUCUUCAUUCCUCCUGACAUUGUUGAAUGAGAGGGAACAUCUCCAAGCGCUGAGGGAAGACUUCCAGUCCAAACUCCAAGCUCAACACCUGCACGCCAACCUGCUCCAACUUCUCAAUCCAGACGCCUCUUUAUGUUCUUCACACGCUAAUUUAAGCAGUCAGGAGCAUGUUCCGCAACAGGCCAGUUCGAGUGAACCGGCAGAGGUCCAGAACGUCACAGGUGGACCACGUGAAUCUCAGACGGCAGCCGAUACAAUCGGCACAAAACCUGAUGGAGACCAAAUUGAGGAUGUCGCUGAUAAACAAGGAGUCUGUGCAGGCUGCGGCGUGACACUGGGAGGUCUGCCCUAUUUGGAGGUUUUAUGUGUUCCCGAUUCAUUGUCUAAAGUCGACGGAGAAGGUGGACGCAAUGAUGAAGAUGGUGAAACGAGGAAGUGUGAGGAACAGGACUCUUUGAUUACACUGGCUUGGAGCACACAUCUUGAAGACCUUGAUGGGAAGCCCGCAAAUGCUGUUGCUAUGCAAACGCAGCCUUCAGCCGAACGCCGUGAAGGAGACUUAAAGGAGGCAGGAAAAGAAAAUGACUUUCACGCAAAUCUACAGCAGGCCUCGGCGAGUUCAACUGACGAGGUGAAGGAACUUGGAGCUCCUGAGGUCACCGCACAUGCUUCAGGCCAUUGCAGCACAAAGGAGAAGAUGGCAGCGAUGGAGGGUGUGAGACAGAGAGAACCAGUUUCUGCAUUGGAGAGAGAGAAGACCAUGCGGAAGCUGGUGGACGUGCACCGCCGGGUGGAGAGGAGGCAGCAGAGGGACAGAGACAGACAGCAGCUGAAGGUACCAGGAAGUGCUGAGUGGAAUGAUGAAGAUGAUGAGGAAGACCUUUCUUGCUUUCAGGUGCAGGAACGUCUGUCCAUCAUUCAGAGCAGGAAAGCGGACGAGGAUUUAUUUGGGCCUAAGCACACAGAGAGGAUGAGACAUCUUCGUAAAGAUGUAGCGCAGGAUGAGAAUCAGAAGAAAAUGCUGGUCAGAGAGCAACUGGAGCAGCUCAGGAGGGAACGCUCCUUUAUUAUGCAGUCCAGGAGAAAAAGGAACACUGCUGGUUUCAAGGAACUUCUGGCUCCAGCACAUCUCCAAAGCAGAGGAACUGAAGAGAGGUCGGACCAAGACGACGGCUUGCAAUGAAAGGAGAAGGCGCCUGAUUGGAAAAUUAAACUCUUGCUCUGCAAACAAUGUUGGACUUGCAGAUUGUUUAUUAUACAGUUUAAUUAUCUGAACAAACAUAAGCAUUGACAUUAAUACCACUUAAUCAAGAACAACUUCCGGUAGUCUGUGGCCAAAUGUACACGCUCAAGUGCCAUAAAGUCUUUUCAAAAUAAAGUUGGCCGCUAAAAGAUUGGAACGAUAGAGGGCGCUGUUUCGUUCACGCAACAAAAUGAUGUCAAUAAGCUUUGGGGGCUGAAUAUUGUUUUGACGCAAUAAU